AUGCUGAGUAAGAUCGAACUCAUUACAGCAGUAGUUGUCGAUCCGAGGAGAUUUUUAAAGAAUUACUCCACGGCUGGACACGCUCCUUUGUUUUUGCGGGCGUCCUUUCCUAACGUCCAUCUCUUUCCCGCUUCCUGUUGUCAUUUUCUUUCUUAUUUUCUUUUUUCAUUCUGUUCUCUUUUUCUUCUCCCCGGCUUCUUUCUUUCUUUCUUUCUUUCUUUCUUUCUUUCUUUCUUUUUUCUUUCUUUUCUUUCUUCUCCUCCAUAUAACUAUUCCUUUUUUCUUUUCUUUCUUUCUUUCUUUUUUUUUUCUUUCUUUCUUUCUUUCUUUCUUCUCCUCCAUAUAACUAUUCCUUUUCUUUCUUUCUUUCUUUCUUUCUUUCUUUUUUCUUUCUUUCUUUUUUCUUUCUUUCUUUCUUCUCCAUACCAUUCCUUUUCUUUUCUUUCUUUCUUUCUUUCUUUCUUUCUUUCUUUCUUUCUUUCUUUUCUUUCUUUCUUUUCCAUACAACGAUUCCUUUUCUUUCUUUCUUUCUUUCUUUCUUUCUUUCUUUCUUUCUUUCUUUCUUUCAAAUUCUUAUAUGCUUUUUGCCGUUUUUUUUUCUGCCCUUUUCUUCCUACUUGUUUCUUUUUUAUUUCUUUUUUUUUUUUUUUUACUUUUGUCCAACUUCUUAUAUCUUUUUUGUUUUUCUUCUCUUUUUCUUCUUACUCGGUUCUUUCAUUCUCUCUUUCUUUCUUUCUUUCUUUCUUUUUCCAAAUUCUGAUAUCUUUUUUGAUUUUCCUCCCUUUUUCUUCUUACCUGGUUCAUUCAUUCAUUCAUUCAUUCAUUUAUUAUUUUCCAAAUUCCUUUGUUUUUCCUCUCCUUUUUUUCUUACCCGGUCUAUUUCUUUCUUUCUUUCUUUCUUUCGUUCUUAUAUCUGUUUUGCUUUUCCUCUCCCUUUUUUUUACAAUGUUCUUUCUUUCUUUCUUUCUUUCUUUCUUUCUUUCUUUCUAA